UCGGCGCGCGUGCGCAGAAGGGGGGGGGAGACACACGGUCUUUCUGUAGGGACGGUGACCGGGGAUCCCCUCAGCCCCGGCCGUCAUGUUCCGCUACCGUUUCGCCGCGCGAGCGGCUCAGGGUCUCGGGCGAAGGUCGUGUUUUGUGGCGGGGCCAGGCCUCUUUCAGCGAUGGAAGAUUCCGUCAGAAAGACAGCCCUGCAGGCAAAUGUCGACCUCUAAUUUUUCAUGGCAGCAGAACAAAACACUCUAUACCUCCGUGGCGUUGGGCAUCUUCGCAAUUGGAAACGCGUUCUAUGCCUACGUGAUUUUGAGGAGGGCUCGACAGCGAGAUGUAGACCGUGCGGAGAGGCUCGCACGCAUGGAGCGCCAGAUGAAAUCCCUUAGAGAAGGAGAUUCUUCCUCCGAGGACGCUAAAGCCGUACCGGCAGGCCCUCGUCCGGAAGUCCCGCCCCAUGUUCCUUUCCUGCUGAUUGGGGGAGGCACCGCCGCGUUUGCUGCUGCCAGAUCCAUCCGGGCUCGAGAUCCUGGGGCUCAGGUGCUAAUAGUGUCCGAAGACCCUGAGCUGCCCUACAUGCGCCCUCCUCUGUCCAAGGAGCUUUGGUUUUCUGAAGACGCGGAUGUGACGGAAACUUUGCGGUUCAAGCAAUGGAACGGCAAGGAGCGGAGCGUGUACUUCCAGCCACCCUCUUUCUACAUAUCCCCUCGCGACCUGAUGUUUGUAGAGAAUGGUGGAAUAGCCGUCCUCAGUGGAAGGAAGGUGGUCCAUAUGGAUGUCAGAGGCAACACUGUGAAACUUGACAACGACCUGCAGAUCGCCUAUGACAAAUGCUUAAUUGCUACAGGUGGUUCUCCAAGGAACCUUCCUGUGCUUGAGAGGGGAGGUCAGGAGGUGGAAAAGAGGCUCACGCUCUUCAGGAAGAUUGAGGAUUUCCGUUCACUAGAGAAAAUUUCCAGAGAAGUCAAAUCAAUCACUAUUAUUGGCGGUGGUUUCCUAGGGAGUGAGUUGGCCUGUGCUUUGGGGCGAAAAGCGCAGUCGAAGGGCCUUGAGGUCAUCCAGAUGUUCCCAGAGAAUGGCAAUAUGGGCAGAGUCCUUCCUGAAUACCUGAGCGACUGGACCACUAACAAAGUCAAGCAAGAGGGGGUCGACGUCAUGCCCAACGCUGUUGUGAAGUCAGUAUCUUUAGCCGGGGAUCGGCUGCUCAUACAGUUGAAGGACGGAAGGAAAGUGGAGACGGAUCAUAUUGUGGCAGCUGUGGGCUUGGAGCCCAACGUGGAGCUGGCGAAGUCGUCUGGCUUGGAGGUGGAUUCUGAUUUUGGGGGCUUUAGAGUUAACGCUGAGCUGCAGGCCCGCUCCAAUAUCUGGGUGGCAGGAGAUGCAGCGUGUUUUUAUGACAUUAAAUUAGGCAGGAGACGAGUGGAGCAUCACGAUCACGCGGUGGUGAGCGGAAGGCUGGCGGGAGAAAACAUGACCGGAGCCUCGAAGCCAUAUUGGCACCAGUCCAUGUUUUGGAGCGACCUCGGCCCAGACGUUGGAUACGAAGCUAUUGGCCUUGUGGACAGCAGUUUGCCCACCGUGGGAGUAUUUGCUAAAGGGACAGCAAAGGACACCCCAAAAUCUGCCACAGAGGAAUCAGGAACUGGAAUCCGUUCAGAGAGCGAAACCGAACUGGAAGCCUCCGAACUGAAGGUCUCAGCAGCCUCCCUUUCCACUCCGCAAGCACCACAGCAGGGAGAGGAUUAUGGGAAAGGAGUCAUUUUCUACCUUCGGGAUAAAGUGGUGGUAGGAAUUGUUCUGUGGAACAUCUUCAACCGGAUGCCAAUUGCUCGGAAGAUCAUCAAGGACGGGGAAGAACACGCUGACCUGAACGAAGUUGCCAAACUUUUUAACAUCCAUGAAGAAUGAGACAUGGUGGAGCAAUCCGGAUUGCAUUUUGCAAGUGGAGUGACAAGCGAGGGGCGCAGCCUUGUACGAUCUUCUCAGUUUGUGGGUCUUCCUGCCACUCUGGGGCAAAUGUGAAUAUGGGGUUCCCGGCCCUUUUUUUUUUGCACCGUGAAUUAAAUGAGAUUAACUUUGCUAUGA